AUGGACCCUCACUCCAGGUCACAAUCCACGAAACACUCAAUCACUCACCGACUCAACCUCCAAUCCCUCACUGAAGAGCUUCGCGACCCCACUUUUAGUGAACGCCUCCAGCGCCUGAAGCUGGUUGAUUCUGAACAAGUCUUGCCCGCUCUGACGUCCCUUGUUUCCAUCGACCUCACUGGGGUGGUUAACACGGACAAUACCACGAUUGUCCAACUGGCCUCGUCCAUGCCACACCUGCAGAAAAUCAAUAUUACGAAUUGCAAAAGUGUCUCGGAUGAAGGGAUCUUAGCCCUUGCAGGCAACUGCCCUCUGCUUCGUCGAGUCACACUGAGUGGCCUUGAAGAGCUUACGGACCAUGCUGUGUCUGCGUUGGCAACUUCUUGCCCCCUCCUUUGCGAAGUGGACCUCAGCCAUUGCAAGCUCAUAACCGAUGUUUCCAUUCGCGAUAUCUGGGUUCACUUGAAUCAUCUACAAGAACUGCGGUUAUCAUCUUGCGAGCAGCUUACUGAUGCUGCCUUCCCUGCUGCGGUCCAAGUCGGGGCAUCCGCUAUGCCACUCGUCAUCGGCAAAACAUUUGAGGACCUUCGAGUCCUUGACCUGAGGGAAUGCCUGGGCAUCACGGAUGCGGCUAUCGAGGGUAUCAUAGCGCACGCCCCACACAUCCGUCACCUGAUCCUACACAAAUGCAGCCAGCUAACUGACCGCAGUGUCGACGCGAUCUGUAAACUGGGCGAUUUCCUACACCAUCUUGAACUCGGACACCUCGGGAACAUUACUGAUGGCGCUGUUCGCGCGCUCGUGCAUGCAUGCACUCGUUUGCGAUAUGUUGACUUCGCGUCGUGUACCCUCCUGACCGACAUAUCCGUCUUUGAGUUGGCUGCACUCCCCAAGUUGCGCCGAGUCGGUCUAGUCCGUUGCUUGAACCUGACAGACAAGGCCAUUUUCGGUCUGGCAGAGGGCCUACAUGGAACACUGGAGCGUCUCCAUCUCUCUUAUUGCGACCAAAUUUCGGUCGAAGCCAUCCAUGCCCUGCUGCAAAAAGCGGACAAGUUGGACCACCUGAGUUUGACUGGUGUCACCAGUUUCAGCCAGCGCCCUGAAUUGCGCCAAUUCUGUCGCCAGCCGCCAGAGGAUUUUACUAUUGCUCAGCGAAAGGCGUUUUACGUCUAUAGCGGAAAGGGAAUCUCAGAGCUGCGUCGCCAUUUGGCCAAGACAUUUGAGCACUCAAACGCUGAGAGAGUGCCGGAAGAGACAGUGCAUCUGUAUAGUCGUUUAUGA